UUCGACGCUCACCUGCGGUGACGUAGGCAGCCUGCGGACGGGGGCGGAAGUGGGCGAGGGAGCGAGAGGACAAUGUGUGAGCAGGCGGAGGGGUGAGAGGAGCGAGAGGAGCGAAGCCCCCGGACAGUCCCCUCGCCUCCCCGCGACACGACCGAGUGCAGGUGAGGCCCGGUGGGGAACAACAGCUCGGGCCGAACUGCGUGUCACCUGCGCUACUGUUAUUGCGAGUCGUGGGAAUACUCCUCCAAUGUUGUAGGUGCUUGAAGUGAUCCGGAGACCUGGGCCGCCGCCGCGCCGCCGCACCAGGACGCCAUGUCCCACAGCCAGUCAGCCAGUUGCCUGGGCGACCAGGCCCCUCUAAUUCUGGAGAGCCAAUUCUCCACAGAGCUGCACAUAUCUGAGCCGGGCGACGACUGCUGCCAGUCACAGAGCCCCUCCACACCCCAGUUUGAAAUAUCCCCACCCCAGAAAGAUGAAGUAAACCGGCUCGUGGUGCCUCAGCAGGUGGUUUUGAGCACCCAGAGUCCCGCAGCACUAAAGGUCGGCACCAAACAGCUCAUCCCCAAGAAUUUAGCCACGGGAAGCCGUCCGAAAAACCGCCACCACACCACCGUGGUUACGUUCCCAGUGGGACUGGAGCACUCCAGCAGCGGGACCCGGAUCCGACACUCCACCCAGGGGACAGACGUGUCCUGGGAGGACUAUGACAGCGAUGGAGAUGGUUUCUCUUUGAGGAGCAACCGCAGGAACAAGUCGUACCGAGCAGCAGUGACCAGCCUGGAUAUUGAUGCCAUAGCGUCGGGACGAGGGGCUGAAACCCUGCUGAAACCUGUCAGAGAGGACAGAGCACCCAGUCCCGGGCCAGCUCGCAGCCCCGGACGCAAGCGAACCCUGGGGCGAAAGAGGAACCACAAGCAACGCGGAUCCUUCAAAGACGCCACACCGCAACUCUACCAGGAGAUCCGUGAGCGAGGGCUGCAGUCCACCAACCAGGAUGAGAUGCUGGAUGACUUUGUGGUGGUGGAGCCACCUGUGGAGGACCAGGCCAUCAUAGUGAAGAACUACCGGCCAGCACAACUCACCUGGAGCCAGCUACCUCAGGUGAAAGACACCAGUAUCCUGACCCUGGUCUCAGCUAAGGAGAGAAAGAGACAAGAGGCCAUCUUUGAGAUAAUCACCUCGGAGCAUUCGUACCUGCACAGCCUGGGCAUCCUGGUACGCCACUUCAAGGAGAGCGAAGCGCUGAGGAAAACGAUGACGGUCACGGAGCACCAUCACCUCUUCUCCAACAUCUCCGUCAUCCAAAAAGUCAGCCAACGGUUUUUCGAGGACCUCGAGCGGCGCCACUGUGACAACCCAGUGAUCCGGGACAUUAGCGAUAUUGUUCAGAACCACGGCGCCCACCACUUUGAGCCGUACAUCGUCUACUGCUCCAAUGAGACCUUCCAGCAGAGGACACUGCAGAAGCUGCUGACCAGUAACACUGCGUUCAAAGAGGCCCUGAACCAAAUUGAAGGGAGCAGUGAAUGCGGCGGCCUCCCCAUGAUCUCUUUCCUCAUCCUACCCAUGCAGCGAGUAACCAGACUGCCGCUGUUGCUGGAUACAAUCUGCCAGAAAACUCCCGACAAGACAGCAGAGUACUUUGCUGCCGUUUGGUCACUGCAUGCCAUCAGCAAGUUGGUCAAGAGCUGCAACGACGGAGCAUUGCGGAUGGAGAGGACGGAGCAGAUGUACACCAUCCAGAAACAGAUGGAUUUUGGUAAAAUCAAGCCAUUUCCCCUGGUGUCGUCGUCGCGGUGGCUGAAGAAGCGUGGCGAGCUGGCCGUCUGCACCGAGGAGCUCAGCAUCUGGAGGGCUUUCAGCAACAGGAGCUACUACCUGUUCCUCUUCAACGACGUACUGAUCAUUACCAAGAAGAAGAGUGAGGAGAGCUUUGUGGUGAUGGACUACGCCACUCUGGAGAAUGUGGAGGUGGAGGUCGGGGAGGAAGUCGAGGGGCGGAUGUCUCCGCCUGCAAAGAACAGCUCUCAUCACCAUCUUUCUUUCAAACUGCUGAUGAGCAAGAACAACGAGGGGAGAUCGGAGCACAUCUCGCUGAUGGCCGAGUCCAGGGUGGACCGUGCUCGCUGGAUAGUUGCUCUGAUGGAGCAGAAGAAGGCAGGUGACUUCAUCUGUACAGAAGGUCGACCACAGUACGAGGCCACCAAAGCCUACAUGCCGAGGGAGCCAGAUGACCUGGGGCUGCGGCAGGCUGAGCUCGUCAUCGUCCUGCAGACAGAGGAAGCCAUGUGCUAUGGGGAGAGAAUGCGAGACGGAGAGAGAGGCUGGUUUCCUACCAGCUGUGCCACAGAGAUCACCAACCCGACUGCCAUGGAGAACAACGUGCAGCGUAUGAAGCGCCUGCGCAAAGAGACAAACGUCUGACCGGCUCGUUGACCGUACGUGCACAUCAGGAUGGCGUGAUGCUUGUCUUGUUUGUCAAGACUGCAUUGCUGAUGAAUUACAUUGGACACAGGAAUAUGAUAAAUUUCUGUAGCUGUGGUCCAGAAUUCCUUUACCAACAGACUGAAAUCCAUUUUCUAGGAUGUAUAAAGCUUAAAGUGGCCAUUAAUCCCGGCCUGGUGCUCCAGUGGUAUGUGUACAACUGGACCAUGAAGUGGUUUGGGUUUGAGUCCAGCCAGCGUCCAUUUUUCAUGUUGCUGUUAGACCAUCCAGAGAAAUUACACCAGAAACAUUUUCAUUGAGGUGUUUUUGUUCACCUACCCUCUUACUGCAGCCAGUAUAUCUUGCAGUGGCAGGACUCAUCGGCCAACAGAGGACAUUUCACAAGUUGUGCAGCACCACACAGUUGUCCCUGUUGGUGCAGUUGUAAAUGUUUUCUUACUGGCUGUAGUGAAUAACUAGCCUCUGAUGCAGCCUACAGUUUUAUUUCUAAUCUAGGAGGUACAAUUUUUUAUUCUGUCAGCAUACAGUAUAGUAUGAGAAGUGGCAUGCUACAAAUCAUGUGUCUGUUUCCCACACUUUGCUUUCAGCAGUCUCGUCACCUGAUCCUUACUUGGAACUUGGGGUCAGGUAGCGCUAAACAAUGGUUACAUGUCUUUGUCAAUUAAAGAUAUUGUCUGCGUUUCUUUGUUACCAAAGUUUUGGUGAACAUUUGCUAACAUUUGUUUAAUGAUAGACGACUGUUCCAUUGUCACAUCUAGUUGAUUAAACAACAUUAACAGCAACAUGAGAGCUUCUUGGGCUAAAAUAAAUGAAAAAACCCUCAACUCUUGAUUUAAACGUCAACUCGCUACAGUUUGUGCCAUUAAACAGAGCCUGUAUAAAUGAUAAGAAAAUAAAUAAAAUCACCACUGGAGACAGUU